AUGGCCAACCACCGCGAACGAAUAAACGUUGUGCUAUAUACUGCACUCAAGCAGCAGGACAGGUUGCAAAAUGUUUUCAGCAACGGAACCAAAGCGGAUUCUAACCAUCAGCGGAUAUGUAGAAGGAAGCCAUCGUAUCGAGACAAGAUCCCCGCUCUGCGUCCGGUCGUUGGCGGUUUGAUGCUCUGGUUUUGA